AACAUAAACAGAAGCACUUCGAUAUGGUCGCACGUCAGCAGUACUGUGUAGGGCAUCACUGGCCGGGCAGCGUUCGCGCCGCCGCCAUGACACUCGCAGUCCGCGCGCCCCGCAGUGCCCCGCGUCGUGAGUUGCGCACUGCCACUGCUCUACAAUAAUAUAAUUUCAUAAAAUAGCGGAGAAAAUCGUCACCCGCUACGUGACGUCACGUGCUGCGACCCGUGCUUUUGUAGCGAACGCCCCUGGCCCAGGUGUCUGCUGCGGCCCGCACACUCCGCCUCUGAGCGCCCCUGGGAGCGCUAAUACCGGAUAUGGGAGUGUCGGGGGAGAGCGAGGGCUGCGCGGCGGCGCGCACGUGGCGGCUGGCGUGCGCCGUGCUGUGCCCACAGGCCGCGCCCACAGCGCCCUCAGCGCCCACAGCGCCCUCAGCGCCCUCCGCCACCGACGAGGCCUGGCAGAAAGUGGUCGACGCCUCGCCGCCGGACUCCGUGUGGCACUCCAUCAGCAACUGCGUCGCCUACCAGGCGGGCGUGUGGCACAACCUGCUGUCGAAGGGCAUGAGGGACGUGGCGAAGCCGGCGGCCUUCAAGCUGGCGCUGGUGUUGCGCCACACGCCCUCCGAGCUCACCGUGCGCCUGCUCGCCGACCUGCUCAAGUCGCACCCGGAGUCGCAAGAGGUGACGGGGUACGUGCUGGCGCUGCUGACGGACGACACUGCGGCGGCGGCGCGGCGCGGCUGCAGCGGGGAGUGCGCGCGCUACGGGCACGAGGUGGCGCUGCGAGACCUGCAGCUGUUCGGCGACUGCGAGCUGGCCGUGCUGGCCGCCUCGCGCGAGGAGUACGACGCGCACGCCAAGCUCGUGCGCGCCGAGUACUCCAAGCUCACGCACCACAACUACGUCGAGCUGCGCAUCAAGGUGCUGAACCAGUUCUCGCAGAUCCCCAAGUUGUUCCACACGGAGGAGUUCGAGUGCUUCGAGGCGGCGGCGCGCGAGAACAUCGAGCGCGAGAUCUGCACCUUGCGGGAACACCUGCUCACCGGCAGGACCGACUAGACAUCGCGACACGUGCCCCCGACACCUGCCCCCGACACCUGCCCCCGACACCUGCCCCCGACACCUG